UGAAGUGUUUUUCACAAAUAUUGUUAUUCUGGUCUUACCUAAAAUAUCCAUGAAAAGACUUAAAAUGAGUGAUAAAAUGUGCCAAUGUUGUCUUUCAAUUUCUUACAACAAUAUUGAAGACAUGGAUAAUAAUUUAUUCGGACAAAAAGUUAUUUAUUCCGAAUUAGUAAAAGAAACUUUUAAUAUUACUACAGAAAUUAGUAAAAUAUGUGGCCAAUGUGUAAAAAAACUCCAAGAAGCAUCAGAAUUUAAACGUCUUAUUCAAAAGACACAAGAUGAAUUACAAAAAAUAUGCAAAGAUACAUUAGAUCCAAAGCAUUUGAUCACAACAUUUAAAAUUGAAUCGGAUCUAAGAACUAGUAUACAUAUAAAUGAUAAACCUACAAGAAAAAUGAAAGAAAAUGCCAAAAGUAAUGAAGAGAAUACUUUAAUUACACAAAAUACUAAAUGCAGUAAAAUUCAUCGAGCAACAAGAGAAGACUCAUUGAAACUCCUUAAAUACUCAAAUAUUUGUCUAUUCAAGUCAUUGAAAACGAAAUUCCAAUGUUACUCCUGUAAAGAAACCUUUUUUAACAUGUCAGAUUUAAGAUCACACACAAAAAUGCACUCAAAUCCCAACAAUAGAGGGUUCAAAAUCAACUUAAAAGGGUAUUCCUCUAAAAAUGCAGACAUAUCAUCAUUAUCUUGCAGCGUGUGUCAUCAGACGUGUAAUAACUUGGAGAUAUUAAAACAGCACUUGACAAAUAAACACAGCAUAGAAUUUGCUGCAGAGGAUCAUAUGUUUGUUCCAUUUAAACUCGAGACUGGCUUCAAGUGUGUAACGUGUGGAGAAGACUUUAAUUCAUUUGUCCGUUUAUCUACCCACAUGAACAAACACUCAACGAACAAUGUAUGUGAGAAGUGUGGUUUGUUCUUCAUAAACAGAUUAAGUUUGAGAGCACAUUUACAAUCCGUUCAUCGAGAGAAGAAAUGCACUAUGUGUACGGCUAAGUUUGAAAAGAAUUAUACCAAAAUGAAACAUAUGAGGGUUGUGCAUAAUAUUGGAGUUAUAAGGAGAUAUUGUACCGUAUGUGGCAAAGACUUUAGACAUUCAUACAAAUUACUAGAACACAAAAUCAAAGACCACGGAGCUCAGCGAUUAAAAUCAAUUUGUAAGGAAUGUGGGAAAACGUUCAUGUCACCGCAGAACUUGAAGAUUCAUAUAAGAUCCGUUCAUGAUAAGGAAAGGAAUUAUCAGUGCAAUGUUUGUGGUAUGAGGUUCUUCACUAAGGCUGAUCAAAAGAGACACGGUACCAAACAUGAGGAUGUCAAAUUGUUCUCCUGUAGUUACUGUGAAGGAAAAUUUAAAUCCAAGGAUUCAUGGAGACGUCAUUUGAAACGUAUACAUGAUAGAUUGAUUGUUGAUUAAAUAAAUGUAUUUUU